AGCUAGGCGCGGAAUGCCGAUGCGCUCCACUCGUCAGCUCUACUCAGCCUAGCCUACUUUCCUGCGUGUCGUCGAGACUGUCGAGUGUCGACAGCAUUUCACUGGGCGAGAAGCGCGACACCAUGCCAAGGGCAGCGGUCGUGACGGAGAUGAAUGACGACUGGAACGUCGUUGCCACUGUGAGCGCAACUGCUCGUCUUUAGUGCAAACUUUUUAUGACGGGAAUACCACAGCUGGAUGGGUUCAACACCAAGCCAGGAGCAAGCGCAUCUCUACCCGGACCCUGCUGCUCGCGUCAGAGUCACACGCGGCGCUGCGAAACAGCAGUUUCUCGCAGCCCUGACCCUGCCUGCUGUCCAACGUCCUCCGCAGCGCCUACAGCAGCUGGAAAUACACGAUUCUAGCAACUCGGGCAACUUUGCUCGGCAGAUCGGCGGUAAGAGCAGUACGCCAAAAGAGUCCUUCUCUACCAUUGGUGCUGGUGCGGCUACUGACCCAGACGACCAGCCAUCUGAUUUCACAGCAGCAGCAGCAUCAGCAGCGACAGCAGUAGUCUGUUCAGCUGGUGUGUCGUCCUCCCCACCACCGCCAGCAGCAGCCAUGUCAUCUAUGGCAGUGCCCGCACCGUCCCUGCGUGACUCCACGGUGGAGCUAGCCGCGGCGCCGGACAGUCCCAAAUCCAUCACCGCCGGUCACACUUCCGCCGUUCCGGCAUCGUUGUCGUCCACAACUCAUGGCUCUAAUCCGAGCGCUGUUGCUACCAUUCAUGCUGACCUACACUAUCAACACCACGCUCACCUCGCGAUGGGAUCCGUCAGCGUGCCCGCCGCCUCCAACAUCAGCCGCACGGAGAAGUCGAUCUUGAAGCUCGAUCAGGGUGGUGCAGCCCUGGCUGGUCGGGCUGCAUCUCCCUCCGCUCUCCGGUAUGCGACUGACGUUGCACAGGGUACUGCACGAUCAGGCACAGCUGUGUCGCAUGGUGCUAUUGCAGAGCCUGUGCAGUCCAGGCCUACUCCAGCUAGUCGUCAGCACUUCUGCAAGGCAUGCAACCAGAUCAUCCUGGAAGAGAACAUCAUUGUGAUACAUCAGACAAUGCCAUCGGUCGGCGCCAUUGUCCGCACCAGUGCCAGCGCAUCAAACGUCAUCACCGGUGUUGAUGGCAGCAUGGGAAGCGAUGCCAGUGCCGACGGUAGCAACUCCAUGACAGCUGCCACUGGCAGCACAACAGCAGCGGUGGACGGCAGUGCCGCGAGACAACCAAUAGCCUGCUACCAUCGUCGCUGCACGCUCUGCAGUGUGUGCCAGAUCGACGUGUAUCGGCAGCGCUGUGACGAGGGCAAGCGCGUGUACCAGCGCGGCUCGAAGCUCUACUGCUCGCAGGAUUACACCAGGCUCUUCCUGGAGGCAUUGACGUGCGCUGGCUGUGGGCAGACAUUGGGCUCCACCGACUUGGUGUGCGACCUGCCCAUGAGCAACGAUGACGACAGUUUGGCAAUCUUCCACCACCACUGUGUCAAGUGCACCGCCUGUCAACAGCCUAUAGCCACCGGUGCCCAGUAUCGUAUCUACAAACGGCGACUCUACUGUCCGGCUGACUACGACCGUGCCGUCAACGCCCCAUCGUCGUCGCAGCGUGGUGUGCGGGGAAGCGGCAGUGCAACGCUCUCGUCGUCGUCCGCAUCGUCCCCGCGACCUGGCAGCCUGUCCGGCUCACCGAUGAAGCGAGAUAUACAUGGCGGUGGUCGUGGCCGGUUUGGUCGCGGCGGGGCAGGCACCACCGGCACUGGGCGAGGAAGGGGCGGCCGAGGUGGCAAUCGUGCGUCCGCCCCCGUCGUCAUGCCCGCCCUGGACAGCCAUGCACUGGCCGUGAAGCGUGAGCACGUACGCGCAAGCAGUCCGGCGGCCAUGGGCGGCAGCGGUAAGGAAGAGCAGCUUGCGAUCAGUGCGUCCCUGUACGGCGGUGGAAUCUUGUCGAGUCGCAAUAGUGCAGCGGCGGCAGCAGCAGCAGCAGCCUCCGCCGCAACCACAUUGGACCUGUCUUUGUCGUCGUCACCUCCGCACGAGUCCCACCAUCAGUCUGCGGGCAUGAUGGCCGGCAGAGACGUGGGUGCUGGACAAGACGGCGCAUACAACGUGGCAGAGCGGCGGCCUAGGGCUACACUGUCCGAUGCACAGCGCCAAGUGCUUCAGGAUUUCUUUGAAGAAGAGAUGUUCCCGGACAAAGAGGCACAGAAUCGCCUGAGCACCGACCUAGGAUUGACUGUGCUGCAAGUUCACAACUGGUUUCAGAACAAACGGCAGAAGAUGCGCCGUCUUGAGAAGGAGCGCAUAGGCGGCUCACAAUCACUGACUGUCUCCGGCGGCGGCGGUGAUCUGCUGGGCAGGAAGCGCAAACACCACAGUCUCUUCUCUCCCGGCAAGCGUGGCCGCCGUCGCCAGGAGGUCAUCUCGCAUCACGCGCAUCACCCGCAGCACCAUCUGCACCAUAAUCAUAUACAGCAGCAGCACGGCGGUGGUGGCGUGCCGAGAGAGCUGGGCGUUGCGCAGGAGAUCGUUGUCGGUGGUGGUGAUGCGGUGCCUACUCUCGGAUCGGCUAUGCCGGAUCACAUGCAGCACAUGGAGGAGGAGGCCGACGGGGACGGUGCUAGCGACUCCCAGUCCUCUGCUUCUCAGUCGGAAGGUGAGGAGGUUCAGGAUGUGGACGACAGAUCAUUACACGAGCAUUUAGACCACACGCAAUUACAUCAUCAUCAGCAACAGCAACACUUGCAAUCAGGACAGCGAUCUUCUCAGCAUGCCCAGCAACAGCAACAGCAGCAACAUCAUUCACAGCAGCCGCCACCGUCACAUCGUGUUCAACAGCAUCAGUCCGCGACAGCAACACCCCAGCAAUUGCAACAGCAGCAUCAACAACAGCAGCAGCAGCAACGGCAGCAGCAGCAGCAACAACAACAACAGCAACAACAACAGCAAAUUCUUCACCAGCAACAGCAGAUUCAACUUCAGCAACAACAGCUCCUGCAGCAUCAACAUCAACAGCAGCAACAGCGGCAGCAGCAGCUGAAAAAACAAGCCCAGGACUCGCCUGCGGUUUCUCGGUCUCCGAAACUUGAAGUUAGAGCGUCUGCCACAGCGCCAGCACCAGUAGCAACGGCAACUGUUCCAGUACGCCAGCAUGCGUCACAGCAUCAGCACCAGCUUGCGCCACAGCAGCAGCAUGCAUCCUCCUCUCCAGGCGCUGGUCAGCAACAUCAUCCAGGCAUGCCGGCACUGGCUGCUGCCUCUAGUGUCGGUGUGGGUAGCAGUACGACUGCGCCAAAACCAGCUCAGCGACCACACUCGCCAGCACCAGCACACAAGGCAAUAUCGGCAACAGCGGCAUCGCUCACUGGAGAGCCAAUGCCACCAGGGGCGGCAGCAGCCGGAGCGUCGCAUCAGAGACCCCCGUCCAGACCGGCCGUUGUGCAUUUGCAGUCCGCCACCACCGGUGCUACUGUGACCAUGGCGUCAACAGAGCAUGUCAAAGCUGCACAGGACACCGUGUCGAGUCACGGCAGUGCUGCUAACACGGCAAGCACACCAUCCACUGCCGGUGCAGCCACCUCAGCCACUGCCGCCGCCGCUACGGCUGCUCCUCGAUCGGCUAACUCGGCCACCUAUCACUUCCACCAGCCGCCACCGGCCCCCGGUUUUGUUCACCCGGGUAUGAACGUGCAGCACACCAUGUUCAUGCCCUACUCCGGUGUCUAUCCUGCUGCCGCUGCUGGUAAUGCCGCUGCAUCCGCCACCGCCGCGCCUGCAGCAGCCGUUGCCGCCGCACAAGCAGCUAGGUCUCAUGAGAGCGCCUCACCAGCGGCUGCUGCACCAGCUGCUGGCUCUGCCAUGCUAAGUGGCCAGAUCCGCAUGCUCUACCAGCCCACGGCCAUUAGUGUGCAAGCAGCUGGUAUCGGUACCUCUCAGCAACAACAACAUCAACAACAACAGCAGCAGCAACAUCAACAACAUCAACAACAGCAGCAGCAGCAACAUCAACAACAACAGCAGCAGCAGCAUCAACAACAACAGCAGCAGCAUGCUCAACAUCUGAUACAUCCGUGGAUGAUGAGCAAGCCGUCUUCGUCCGGUUCUGUGACAGCCACCAGUGCUGCCGUCAGCAAACCACCACCACUCCCCUCGGCACCAUUGCGUACACAGCAAGGAGUGACUGGGGUGGGUGCAGGGCAUGUACGCCACACAUCACCACCACCAUUGCUAGUGACUAGCAAUCCAGGAGCAGCAGCUAUCAACGGUGAUCGGCCGAAAUGAGCUGUGCUGCCGCGUAAUGGCCUGACAAUGUCCUUUGCGCAUGCAUGUAUGUGCAUGCGUGCCCAUGUGUACGUGUGCGUAUGCAUGCCUGUGCGUGCGUGUUUCAAAACGUGUAGCUCGGGAACCCUCACCUUGCCCUCAUGCCCUCUCUCCUGUGCCGAUGACAGCUCCCCGAGUGUAUCGGCUCAAGCUGCUGCCAGGUGUUUUACAUGCAACCCUCAAACUGUAACUUAACUACUGCAGCAGCAACAGCAGGCAGCAGCAGCAGCAGCAGAGCUCUGUGUUGCCGAGUCAUGUCACGACUGUACUAUCGGUUGAUCACGACCGGCAUGCUGCCAGCCACCAAUGCUUGUGAGUGCUGCUCCAACAUGUUUGUCUCGUCUGUUCUACUUAUUCCACGUGCGCGUGUUUUUUUAUCGUGAUCUUCACUUCAGUGGUGCCGGCCACUCCAUGCUCAUUCACACAAUUGUCAAAUUCUCUACCAGGUGCCCGUUUCUUAUCUUCUUCCCCGGCCGCUCUUUUCUCACCUUGUUCGAGUGCUUCUUGGUGUGUGCGUGUGUGUGUGUGUGUGUGUGUGUGUGUGUGUGUGCACAUCCGUGUGUGUGUGUGUGUGUGUCGAAAUUAAAAGUAACGCUAGUUUGAGUAGCUGCAUUGUUUUCCGCUUGAGAUUAUUCUUUCUUCUUAUCUAAGUUCCGAUGAGUAAAAUUUCUUAUCGACAAUCUUACAAUGGUGUCACGCUGAGCAAUACUACAUGAGUACUGUGGACUUUCCAGCACAGCCAUGUCUUUACAAGCAUAAGCAAGCCUCCCAUUGUUGUUACUCCUGCUGAUUCUUGCAUCUAUGCCUGUCUCGUUUUCAGGACAAUUGUGUGUGUGUGUUUUUUUCCUUUUAAACCGAUUGUUGUAGUGUGUCAUUGACUUGAUUGCAGUUCUUCUUCGUGGCGUAGUUCACGCUUUCCGUAUUUCGCUGACGUCA